UACAGGACCUCUGGAACUAUUUUGCUUUUAUGAAAACGUGAUCGUGUCAAUAACAACUAUGCAUUAAUGAGAUACUGAAGGGAGAUAAAAACCAACUAAAAGAAUGAAUAGUGAAGAGGAAUUUUAUGAUGCUGUCACAGGCUUUGAUUCGGAUAAUUCUUCAGGAGAAUUUUCAGAAGCAGUUCACAAAGUCGAUGUGGACGAUCACCAGAGUAACCGGACUGGAAAGCACAAUGGCGACGGGCCAGUACAAGAGAACGGAAUCAAGAAACACAGAACAUCUUUACCUGCCCCAAUGUUUACUAGGAGUGAUUUCAGUGUCUGGAGUAUCUUAAAAAAGUGUAUUGGAUUGGAGCUGUCAAAAAUUACCAUGCCCAUUGCCUUCAAUGAACCCCUGAGCUUCCUUCAACGAAUAACAGAAUAUAUGGAGCACACAUACCUCAUUAAUAAAGCAAACUGUCAUUCUAACCCUCUAGAAAGAAUGCAGAUUGUUGCUGCUUUUGCGGUAUCUGCUGUUGCCUCUCAAUGGGAGAGAACAGGCAAACCAUUUAACCCUCUCCUUGGAGAAACAUAUGAAUUAAUCAGGGAGGAUUUAGGUUUUAGGUUAAUUUCUGAACAAGUCAGUCAUCAUCCACCUAUCAGUGCAUUUUACUCUGAAGGCUUAAACCAGGACUUCAUUUUUCAUGGCUCAAUUUAUCCUAAAUUGAAGUUUUGGGGGAAGAGCGUAGAAGCAGAACCCCGGGGAACCAUAACAUUGGAACUGAUAAAACACCAUGAAGCUUUCACUUGGACUAAUCCUACCUGUUGUGUACAUAAUGUAAUUAUUGGCAAGCUCUGGAUAGAACAGUAUGGAACAGUAGAAAUUAUAAAUCACAGUACUGGAGAUAAAUGUAUUCUUAACUUUAAACCAUGUGGACUGUUCGGUAAAGAGCUUCACAGAAUAGAGGGCUACAUUCAAGAUAAAAAUAAGAAGAAACUGUCAGUCAUCUAUGGGAAAUGGACAGAAUGUUUGUGGUGCGUUGAUCCUUAUUCUUACGAAAACUACAAGAAGAACGAGAGGAAAGGUGGCGAUCAGAAGAAACCAAAGCCGAGAGAUGAACCUGAAAACGAUGAAGCCGAUGAUAUGCCGGACGUUCAAGAAACUGUGCAAGUUAUACCUGGCAGUAAACUACUUUGGAGGAUAAGCUCAAGGCCAUCGAAUUCAUCACAGAUGUACAAUUUCACCAGUUUUACUGUCACUCUCAAUGAAUUGGAGAAGGGCAUGGAAGAUAUAUUGGCUCCUACUGAUUGCCGGUUAAGACCAGACAUAAGGCAUAUGGAAAAUGGAGAGAUAG